GUAGCAGGAACUGGCUGUGUAUCAUUCUGGUAUCACAUGUAUGGCAACACCAUGGGGACAUUGAAUGUCUAUGCUGCCUCAUCAACCACCAAUCUGGGUCAAGCCAUAUGGUCCCUUUCUGGUGACCAAGGUAACAAGUGGUACAGAGCUGAAGCCAGGUUGCCAGACACAACAGGAAUCAUGGUUUGUUUUGAAGGUAUUGUAGGACCAGGUUACCUUAGUGACAUUGCCAUUGAUGAUGUAAAGUUGGAGACCACCUGCCUACCACGAGGAUUUUGCGACUUUGAAAGUGACUUGUGUGGCUGGACACAAAAAAGUGUCAGUGGAUCAUCUGGAUCUUUUGUGAGGGCAAAGCCUACUUCACAGUUAAUAAGCAGAGCCUGGCCACCUCCCACUGGGGAUCAUACAUAUGGCUCUAGCAAUGGUACAUUUUUGUACUUUGCUGUAUCAUCUGCAACAACGCAACAGAACGUAUUACAACUGGUCUCUCCUGCAAUGCCUGCCACAAGCACCUCUAGCGUUUGCUUUCAUUUCUGGUAUAUAAAUUAUGGCUCCCAAUUUUCCAACCUUACCAUCUACCUAAGGCCACAGGCUGGUAAUACCACAUCCAUGUGGAGCAUGGAUAGUGAUGGAGAUCAGACAGGGUUCCAGGAAGGACAGAUAGCAUAUUAUACGAGCACCUCAUACGAGAUCAUCAUUGAACUGUUUACCAAAGGGGAUGCACGAGGCUACAUUAUACUUGAUGAUGUCUCUUUUCUUCCGAGCUAUUGUGAAGCCAAGCCAUCUAUUGCAGUAACUGGCUAUGUCCCUACACCACCCAUAGCCUCGACCACCGUCCUCCCACCUGGCUAUGUACCGUCACCUUGGGACUGUAACUUUGAAGUUAAGCCAGUGCACAUACAAACAGAAUACAGAUGAUCAGUUUGAUUGGAUACGCAGUCAUGGUUCCAGUGAUGACCCUAAUGCUUGGCCAGCAUUUGAUCAUACUACUGGCAGGGAUACAGGAUGGUACAUGUUCAUCAGUUCUUCUGGACAACUACACAUCAAUGACACUGCCCGUCUGUCAAGUUCCCCAGUAAAUGGCAGCAUGGCUAGGUGUUUAUCCUUCUGGUAUUUAAUGUAUGGUCCUG